GCCAUUUUCAAUCGCUCCGUCUCUUACUAUCAUUUCAUUUCCACGAAAAAAAAAAUGGCGUCCGGUUUAAUCGGAAGAUUAGUCAGAACCAAACCGGCGGGAUUAACCACGGCGGCUAGGUUAAUCCCGUCGCGAUGCACAUCCUCCUCAACGGAAUCAAAACCUUCGUCCGGCGGCGUUGGCGGAGGCGGAGGGAGAGGAUCGAACCUGAAGACGUUCCAGAUCUACCGGUGGAAUCCCGAUAGCCCCGGGAAGCCGGAGCUCCAAGACUACCAGAUCGAUCUCAAGGACUGCGGCCCGAUGGUACUAGACGCUCUGAUCAAGAUCAAAAACGAGAUGGAUCCGUCGCUCACCUUCCGCCGCUCCUGCCGCGAAGGGAUCUGCGGCUCGUGCGCGAUGAACAUUGACGGGUGCAACGGCCUCGCGUGUUUGACGAAGAUCGAAGGAGACGGGGCUAAGGAGACGACGAUCACUCCCUUGCCGCAUAUGUUUGUGAUCAAGGAUCUGGUGGUGGACAUGACGAACUUUUAUAAUCAGUAUAAGAGUAUCGAGCCGUGGUUGAAGAGGAAGAGUCCGGGGGAUGAGGCUGGGAAGGAGAUUCUGCAGAGUAAGAAGGAUAGGGCGAAGCUUGAUGGGAUGUAUGAGUGUAUCUUGUGUGCUUGUUGUAGCACGUCGUGUCCUAGUUACUGGUGGAACCCUGAGUCUUACCUUGGCCCUGCCGCUUUGCUACAUGCAAACAGGUGGAUAAGCGACAGUCGGGAUGAGUACACAAAGGAAAGACUCGAGGCUAUUGACGACGAGUUCAAGCUUUACCGUUGCCAUACAAUCUUGAACUGUGCUCGUGCCUGUCCAAAGGGUUUGAACCCUGGCAAACAGAUCGCACACAUCAAGCAACUUCAGCGUUGAACAGCCAGCCCCUUUUAUGCAUUCUUGCGCUCAUCACCCUUUUUUAAAGUUUGAAGUUAAUAAUCUUCAGAGAACCUCCGGAUUUUUUCUAUUGAUUCUUGUAUUGUUGUUGCCAGAUAUCAGCACUUGAUGAAAGAAAACUCUUUUGCAAGUCCUCCACCCAAGUAGAUGAGCUUUGUGGUUGUAUCUUGCUGAAAUUAUCUCUUUCUUUAAGUAAUAAAACUCCAUAAAACUUAAACCUUA